AUGGAGGGAACAUCAAGCUCUGGUGAAGCUCUUGAUUUGGUGGAUGAGUUCUACUUUUCAGCUCUUCAUGAUGAGGAAGAAGUAUUUCCCAUCUCAGAUGAGAAAUAUGCACAAGAAUUGCAGCUGCAAGAAGCCCUCAUGUCCUCUGCAAUCUCUUCAAUAACUCCCAAAAUUUCUACUCAACCCCCCAAUAGAGAGGAAGAUGUUGAAACCCCCAUGAAAAAUCAGAAGGGGAAGGAAAAAGAAACUGGCCAAUCCUCUGAAACUUUCUGCUUGAUCUGCAUGGAUGUAAAAUCAACCCAAGAAAUGUUCACAAACACUGGCUGCAACCACUCAUUUUGCACUGAUUGCAUUGGAACAUAUGUUGGGACUAAAAUUCAGGAAAACAUUUCAAUGGUGAAGUGUCCUGAUGUGAAGUGCAAAGAAGUGCUGGAGCCACAAUCAUGCCGAUCUAUUAUUCCCAAGGAAGUGUUUGAUAGGUGGGAAAAUGCUCUCUGUGAGUCUCUGGUUUUGGGGUCUCAGAAAUUUUACUGCCCUUUUAAGGACUGUUCUGCUUUGCUGGUGGAUGAUGGAGGAGAGGUUGUGACUGUCUCCGAGUGCCCGAAUUGUCGGAGACUGUUCUGUGCUCAGUGCAAGGUUGCAUGGCAUGCUGGGAUUGACUGUGGGGAGUUUCAGAACUUGAAUGAGAAUGAGAGAGAGAAGGAAGAUAUCAUGGUGAUGGAGCUUGCAAAGAAGAAGAAUUGGAGGAGGUGUCCCAGAUGCAACUUCUUCGUGGAAAAGACUGACGGCUGCUUACACAUUACAUGCAGUUGUAUUUUGGGGGUUUUCUAUGCCAUAUUAUGUGAUAAAAAUCUUGACUGUACAUCAUGA